AAGCGCAAGUUAUCAGGCCCGGGCCAGGCCUGCCCUAGGCCUAGUUUGAGAAGGAAAGUAACGACGCCGUUUUGCUCUCUUCAUCUGCUUCUUCAGUCGUUCAUUCUUACUCUCUGUCUGUUUUCUAUCUGCUCUCUCCGAAAUCCAAUAAGUUGAGCUGAGGUUGUAAGCUCUGUCAUAUUCUUUGCUGAAUGAGAGUAUCCCGACAUCUAUAAAUAGUUAUUUGGGAGUGCAAUCUGGCUUGAUUUUUGGUAAGAAUAUAACAGUUAAUCUGGCUUGAAUUUUUGGAGGCUAAAAAAGAAUGACAGUUUUGAAAAGGUACAUACUGCGGAUGUUUAUAUCACUGAAGUACAUUACAGCAAAUGUUGUGGACAGAAACAAUGGGAGGAUUGUUGCAACAGCAUCAACAGUUGAACAUUCGAUCAAGAACACGCUUGAGUGUGGCCGGACCUGUAACGCUAAAGCAGCAGCAGUUGUUGGAGAGGUGUUGGCUAUGCGACUCAGAGUAGAGGGUCUUGAAAAGGGAGACGGACGAGGAAUUCAUGUUGAUGCAAACAAAGAGGUUGAGAAGAAAGGUUUUAAAAACCGAACUAAGAUAUGGGCAAUUGUCAAUGCCCUUAAAAACAAUGGAGUUAAAGUCAUACUGGAUGAUAAUGCUGAUAACACAUCUAGAACAAAUUUCCCAUAAAUUUAUUCUUUUUUUCCUUACUGUUGUAUGAACAUAUAUACUAGGUAGAUUUGUGCUAUAGAUGCCUUGUAACUCACAAUAACAACGAAUUAGUUGAAUUCAAGGAUGGAAAGAGUAGUUACACUUGCAAGGACA